GGCUGACGACAGCGAGGGCUCAGGGCAUCGACUAUUUCGGAGACUUGCAGAGCAUGUGCCAAUUGCACUCCUGCUAAGAGAAGGCCAAGCUCUUCCGCCACGUUGGCACUCGUUUGCUAUCUGUCAAUGGCUGCUACCACCACCGCAUCUGCUGGCAACGAGCAGCCGCGGACGCCUCGUCGACUCUCGGUGACGAACGCGAACGCGCUGGCUAACUUCAGCCAACUACAGGCGCACUUCCGUGACCACCGCCUCGUGGUCUUCCUGGACUACGAUGGCACUCUCACGCCGAUCGUGAAUGACCCGGCGCUGGCGCUGCUGUCGCCCACGAUGAAGGAUACGCUCGAGAAGCUACGCGAAAAGUUCAUCACGGGCGUGAUCACAGGCCGAUCGCUGGACAAGAUCCAAAAGUUCGUUAGCAUUCCGCAACUAUACUACGCUGGCAGUCACGGCUUUGAUAUUGAAGGUCCAGACGGCACCUCUAUCAAGAAUCAAGUAGCUGCGCAGUUCCUGACGGACUUGCAUGGGGUCCGUGACGAACUUGGAGCGCAAAUCAAAGACAUAGCAGGCGCCGAAGUGGAAGACAAUAUCUUCUCAGUGUCGCUUCACUACAGAAACGUCGAUCCGUCGUUGAGGACACAGAUCUCGAGUCUCGCGCACACUGUACGAGAGCAACACCCGCGCAUUAGAAUGAACGAAGGCAAGAUGGUUUACGAGUUCAAGCCCAAGAUCGAUUGGAACAAAGGCAAGGCGUUGUUGUGGCUCCUGCAAGCGCUUGGACUAGAUGAGCUUGACGACAUCUACACUAUUUAUAUCGGCGAUGACACCACUGACGAGGACGCGUUCCGGCUCUUCCAGGCGCACUACAACCGCAAGGGCGUGGGCAUCGUCGUCACCGAGGAGAGCGUGUCCACGGAUGCCUCCUUCACACUGCGAGACACCAACGAAGUCUGCGAGUUUCUGAACCGACUGAUCGCUUGCGGUGACCAUGCCAGGAGCACGCCUAGCAGCCCGCAGCCAACCGACCCACCUCCACCUCCUCAGCAGCAGUCGUAGCGAUUCUAGCAUUUUUUUUUUGUUGGAGCGGUUUGCUUUCUGCUGCUUUCGAUUUUUAGGACCCCGAUUUAAUGUUUCGCGCUACCCAUUUGUGCGCCAAUUUUGAUUAUCUUGUCACUACGUGGAUACUGCAGCAGACCAGCCUUGCAUAAUGCAAUGCAUUCGCAUCGUCGUCACUUUUCCAAUUGCGUUUCGGUCAUAUUCGCGUUUCAUCUGUAGAGCAGUUUAUCUUUAACGGCAUUAAAUUAAAAAUAAUUUUUAUUGUAUUGUGCUCGCCU